AUGAACACAGGAGCGCACACAAUUGAAACCGCGGCUUGCAAGGUAAUCACGGAUAGGUUACUCAGCAUCAACGGAAGCUUCAUAGGUUUAAGCAUCAACCCUAUGUUCUUGGCGAGCUUGCAGCAGUCAUGUCCCAUGGGCGGGAACGGUUUGAGCCGCGUGGCUCUAGACAUGGGAAGCCCACUCGUGUUCGACACCUCCAUUUUCAAGAACAUACUCAAUGGAAGUGCAGUCCUCGAGAUUGAUCAGAGCCUUUUGAACGUUCCGACCAUUUACCGUAUGAUGCAGCAGUUCGUAACUGGAAAGAGGUUCCAGACGGUGUUUAUGAGGGCAAUGGCUAGGAUGAGUGAAAUCGAGGUAAAGACAGGGUUAAAUGGAGAGAUUCGACGGAAUUGUUCCAGGGUUAACUAA